CCCUGUGUACUGUAGGAUAAUAUCAUAAAAAUUCUAGACUUUUUAUGCACAUAUGCUAAACUGUUCACUUUAAUAGUUGUGUUUAACAUGAAAACGUCUCGGGUUACGUAUGUAACUGUUGUUCCCUUAGAAGGGAAUGAGACGCUGCGUCUCCCUUGACAUACUUCCUGCAUCCCUGUAACGCCGUCUUUGGCAAUAUUUCAGAUAGCGAUAUACUUUAUGGCCCGCAUUACCCUGUCUUUGUCCUUAAGCCUCAUUAUUGGUUGAAUUUGAUAUACACAUUCAGACGCACUUACCCCUGGAGGCGUCCCAAAAGUGUCACCGCAGUGACGCAGCGCGACUUCCCUCAAAGGUAACUGUAACAAUGUAUCUUAAAAGGUAACUCGAUGUAACCCUACUCUCACUUGAAAUGUGUCCCACAUUUAGUCCUUGAAUUUGAGGGUUUUGGAUCUGGAACGUCCUUGAAAGUUCUUUGAAUUUGAAAUUAACUAAGGUGUGGGAACCCUGUUAAAUGUUUAUUUUUUGCAUUUAUGUUAUUGAAGAUAUGAUUACAUUAAAUUAAUAUAAACAAAUCAAAUAACUUAUAGAAAGCAUUGUUAAUAUUAAUGGUCCUACUACGCAAAUAUAGCCUAUAUAAAAAAUUGAUAUUAAAUAUUGUUUGUAUUUUUCCCAAAGAAUUCACAUGGAAAUGUUUGUUUUGCAUGACUGAGCAAAUGUCACUUGUUUUAAAUACAUUUGCCUGCUGUCUGGGAACCACAGAGGUAAUUUACAGUCAAUCUACAAGAUAAAUGAAAGCGUGGUCUCACUUGAGGUUAAAACUGUGGGAUGAAACUGCGACUGACAGGCAAAUAUGUACUCUGUGGUUCAGUUGUUCAUACGUAAAUCGCAUCUUAUGCUCAGGAAAAGUUUUUUUUUCUCAACAGGUUAAUUUGAUGGUGACAAACACAUUACUUCAGGCAAAUGCUCUGACAAUUACAGAUUGUUAAUGCAAAUGUUUGUCACCAUCGGAGCAUGGAAAACGGUGGAUUGAAAUGUUUAUAAGCCCGUCCCUGAAACCCUCAUUAGAGGAAACAUGUGCGAGAUGAUGGUCAGGUUUGUGUUCUCUUUCUGUUGUUUAAGCUUUAGUGAUGGUGCAGGACUCAGUCUCGCAGGAGAUUACAACAUUUAUGGAUGGUUCCCUCUACAUAAUUCAGGCUCUGCCACCCAAUCUACACCUUAUCUGACUGACUGUAAACAAGGAUUGACCAACAAGCAUGGAUAUCAUUUGCUCCAGGCCCUCAGAUAUGCUGUUGAAGAGAUUAACAAUGACCUUUCAGAUAAGAGACUUCUACCUACGAUCACACUUGGCUAUCAGAGUUAUGAUUUAUGCUCACUUCCAGCCAGUAAUCUGGCAACCCUGGACCUUCUGGCCAAGCACCGCAACAGUUCAGAUAUAGCGAACCUUGCUUUGGCUGUCAUUGGACCCGACAGCAGCACUUACUCCUUUACACCAGCCGCUGCUCUGGGUGCAUUCCUAAUGCCUCAGAUCUCUUACGAGGCCUCGAAUGAAUUACUUAGCAAUAAGCUUCUCUAUCCGUCUUUCUUCCGCACCAUCCCCAGUGACAAGAACCAGGUGGAUGCAAUGAUACAUAUCCUCAAGCAAUUUAACUGGACCUGGAUUGCCCUUGUCGGCAGUGACAACUCCUACGGUUUACAAGGAAUGAAAAGUCUAUCCCAGCAAGCUUCUCUUCACGAAAUAUGUAUCGCAUACCAAGCUGUGAUACCCGCAGUAACUGACAAGACAUCUAUGCGGGGCAUGGUGAAAAACAUCAUUAAAACCAAAGUCAAUACUAUAGUUGUCUUUUCUAACAAAAGAACGGCUAGUGGUUUCUUUCCCUUUGUCAUCGAACAAAACGUCACAGGGAAAGUGUGGAUCGGAUCAGAGGAUUGGUCAGUGGCAUCCAUAAUACCUAUUAUACCAAACAUACAAACAAUAGGGACUGUAAUCGGCAUCUCCGUCAAAUACUCAGAAUUUAAGGGGUUUGAAGCUUUUGAAAGGCUUUCAGUGCCAGGCCUUAAAGAUGUUGGGCCUUCAAAAGGUAUGAUCGACGUUGAUGUCCCAUGCCUGCUAAACACAGACCUGUAUGAAAUGGCAGUGCAAAACUUUUCUCUGAGCCCAUAUGAUGUUGUGUCUUCCUUUAAUGUGUACAAGGCUGUGUACGCAGUGGCUCAUGCACUGCACAAUAUCCUAAACUGUGACUCUGAGCGAUGUCAAAAGUCUGAGGUGCAGUCCUGGCAGGUCUAUCAACAGUUGAAAAAAGUCAGAUUUUCAAUUCAAGAUACGUUGUUUUAUUUCGAUAAGAAUGGAGACCCUAUCACAGGCUAUGAUAUAGUGACGUGGAUAUGGAUGGGUGACAACUGGUCAUAUAAAAUAAUUGGAAGUUAUAGUCCAGAUCCAGUUGAGCUUCAGUUAGAUGCUUCUCAAAUUCAAUGGACGGGGCCAGUAUCACCUGUAACCAUGGUUCCCGAGUCCAUUUGCUCUCCAGAAUGUCCCUUUGGACACAGAAAGCUGCAGACCGGACAGCAUAGGUGCUGCUUUGACUGCAUGGCAUGUCCUGCUUUCACCUUCCUCAACAAGUCAGGCUACACAAGCUGCCAAUCUUGUGCCAUUCAAGAGUGGUCAGACUCAGAAAGUGAGAAGUGUCUCAAGAGAACCGAGCUGUACCUGAGAUGGGAUUCACUGCUCUCUAUAGCCCUGCUCUCAUAUUUCGCAGUCACCCUAUUUCUAACCCUGGGCACAGCUCUCAUUUUCAUGUUGAAUCUCGGUACUCCUGUGGUAAAGUCAGCUGGAGGGAAAAUCUGUCUGCCGAUGCUGGCGUCUCUAACCGUGGCAUCCUGUAGCACACUGUGCCAUUUUAGCAGACCCUCUAACAUUGGAUGUCUCCUCAAACAGCCCCUCUACUACAUCAGCAUCACCGUUUGCCUGGCGUGUGUGACCGUGCGCGCUUUUCAGGUGGUCUGUAUCUUUAAAUGGUCCUCCAAGCUGCCGAGAUACUACGACACCUGGACUAAGAACCGAGGACCAGAGAUGUUCAUCUUCAUCACCUCACUGCUGGAGUUCUUCAUCUCCUUUCUUCGCAUGGUCCUAGACCCUCCGUUCCCAUCUCAGGACUAUGAUUUCUACAAUGACAGCGUUGUUUUGGAGUGCAGCAAGACUGUAUCUAUCGGGGCCUUUGUUGAACUCAUUUUUGUGUGCAUCUUAAGCUUAGUUUGUUUCUGCCUGAGCUACAUGGGAAAAGAUCUGCCGGCAAAUUACAACGAAGCCAAAUGCGUUACAUUCAGUCUUAUGAUAUAUAUGAUUUCUUGGAUCACGUUCUUCACAGCUUACUGUGUUUCUAGAGGGACAUUUUCUAUGGCUCUUAAUGUAGGCGCUAUACUAUCCAGUGUGCUCGGGAUACUAGGAGGCUAUUUUUUGCCAAAGGUGUAUAUUAUACUGAUUAAGCCCCAAAUGAAUACAGCUGCCCACUUUCAAAACUGUAUUCAAAUGUAUACUAUGUCCAAACAGUAAAGAUUAGUUAUAAUCCAUUCAUAAGUAAAACAAAAAAUAUCCCAGUUUCAGUUUUUACAGCUUGGAUGACAUAUGGGUGAUUCUCACGAAAUCCAGAUUUAAGAAGUGUCCAGCAUCAGAAUUUUUUAAAAGCCCUUGAAGCCAAUUUUUUUUGCACAUAUAAGAUUAAGGUCUGAACUUACUAUAACCAUUAUUUUUAAAGGAUUUAAAAAAUAUUUCUUAGAAGUAAUAAUUUUUUUUAGAUUAUCAUUAUCAAAAAUUAUGAUUACCGCAACAUGAUAUUACAUUAAAUAUAUGCAUUUACAAACUCAUGUUUCGGUAAUGAGAACUAAAAAGUUGUCUAGGUACUAUGAAAAACAAAAUUUCAACUUUAAUCUGGAGAGAAAAAAUAAGAACUGCUUACCUGGUAGCCAUCUUGAGUGUCACAGUCAAUUAUGUCCCUUCCAACAAAUUGUUUUUGAAAAUGUUAGUUCCUUGAGGGCUUAAACAAUGAUUGAAAAUUGUUGCGGAGGAUGAGAAAAUUGGUCUUGGACACAUUUAUAUUCCUUAUUAUUGUCACUACAUUUACCAAUGAUCACCAAAUACCACAUGUUUCUUUACCGUAAAUGUUUAUAGUAUAACAUGCACUGAAGCUUUUAAUUUUUUAGAUUGAAAAACAGCAAAAUUGGUUUUUAUGAUGUCAUUUGAAAUCAUGUGCAAAAUAGUACAUGAAGAAAUGUUUGUAACUGUAUGCUUCUUAUUUUGAUUCUCUUACUUUGCAUUUACUUUUUUUAUCAAAAUGUUUCAUGACACCUCAUAAGUCUAAUUUCGCAAGAAUCACCCAUAUGCUUAGACAGCAAAAGCCUGAGAUACCUAAGGGCAGAGCAACAGAUCUGGCUGCCAAUGUUGAGCAUCUGUUGUGCUUUAAACUUAGGCGGGUACCCAGUUUCACUUUUAAGAAAUUUAAUAAAAGGUUUAAUUGGGCGGUUGAUUUAAAUCAUGGUCCUGCAGUUACAAGGACAGAUGGCAUCAAAUACCCUGUUUGUCUAAUUCUAAACAGAAUAAUACAUAAAGUACUGUUAGGAAAACUCUAAUAUGAGAUAUCACUGUUUUUCUCCUAUCAUCAUUUACUAAUGUUCAGUGACACACACACACACACACCCACGCAUGCACGCACGCAUGUCACCCCUGGGAAAAUAAAAUGGGAUGAAAGCGUUUUUUUGUUGUUAGGGGGGUCAUCUCUAUUGACCCCAGAACGUGUGAGUUGGGUGCCCUGAAGUGUUUCCCACACUGCUUUACCAUUGUGGGUGUGAUGUUCUCAUGAGGGUUUAACAAUAGAAGUGUGCCUGGAGAGGGGAGGGGUGAAUGAUUGUAUUUACUUCACAUCAUCCAAUGCAGCAUCUGUUCUUGUUCAUAUCCAAUCUUAAAGUUACACGAGAGUUUAAAUAUACAGUUGUGCUUUCAAUAAAAAAAUGAAAAUGUGUUUUAAAUGCAAAUUAUAUCAAUCAUCAUUGAUUUCUUUUUCUCUUCUAAAAUCCUAAUGGAAUAAAUACAAUAACAGAAUCUCUCUUACUCACACUUUCAGGCCAUGUCUAGCCCCCAUCUUUUCAAUUGACUUGUAAGUAGUAAUUACAAUAAUUGUACUUUCAUGGCAAUUCUAUGUAUAAAAAUGCA